ACGAAAGGGAAACUCAUCCACUUACCGUCAGGACGGAGCGCGGGUUUUUUUUCCCGCCUGUGUGUGUUUGCAGAUUUCUUGAUGCUCUACAGAUCUACGUGUACAUGAGAUUUAUUUUUAUUGAUUAAACACCGGUUUCAGCCCCACCUGUUUUUUUUUUACACGGCUUUUAUAAACUGUACGAGGAAGUGUGAGCUGCUUUAAGUGAGUGUGUGUGAGUUUGUUCUUAAUUAUAAUGGCAGAAGCGAGUAUUUUCGGACUUCAGGAUCAGUUCAGCUGUUCAGUCUGUCUGGAUUUAGUCAACAACCCAGUAACUCUCUCAUGUGGACACAGUUUCUGUAUGGUCUGUAUUAAUGGCUACUGGGAUCAGGUGGGUCGGCAGGGAGUCUAUAGCUGUCCUCAGUGUAGACAAACCUUUACUCCAAGACCUGCUGUGAGUAAAAACACCAUGCUGGCUGAAGUAGUGGAGACGCUGAAGAAGACAGGACUCCAAGCUCAGUCUUCGGCUGGACCUGAAGAUGUGGGGUGUGAUUCCUGCACUGGGAGAAAAUCCAAAGCCAUCAAGUCCUGCCUGGUGUGUCUGGCCUCUUUCUGUGAAACUCAUCUCCAACCUCACUAUAAAUCUCCUGCCUUUAAGAAGCACAAGCUGGUGGAAGCCUCCAGCCGACUCCAGGAGCAGAUCUGCUCUCAGCAUGACAAACUGCUGGAGGUUUACUGUCGCACUGACCAGCAGUGUAUCUGCAUGUUGUGUACCAUGGAUGAGCAUAAAGGACACGAUACAGUAUCAUUUGCAACAAUUAAAUCUGAGAAACAGCAGUCAUUGGAGAAACAGAAAAAAUACAAGCAGAGAAUCCAGGACAGAGAGAAGGAGCUUCAGAAGCUGAGAAAGGUUGUUGAGACUCACAAGCAUUCUGCACAAACAGCACUGCAGGAAAGUAAAAGGAUCUUUAAUGAGCUGAUCAAAUCCAUUGAGAGAAGACACUGUGAGGUGACAGGGCUGAUCAGAGCUCAGGAGGAUGCUGCAGUGAGUCAAGCUGAAAAAGUCAUAAAGCAACUGGAGCAGGAGAUUGCAGAGCUGAAGAGAAGAGACUCUAAGAUGGAAAAACUUUCACACACAGAAGAUCCCAUCCAGUUCUUCAAGACUCUUCAGUCUGUCUCGACCCUCACUGGACCUUCAGACUUGCCCAUCAUCUCUCUCAAUUCUCUCCUAACUUUUGAGGGUGUAAUAAAGUCUGUAAAACAACUGAAAAUGAAAAUAGAAGAAGGCUGUUUUGCUGAAUUGAAGAAAAUAUCAAGUGGAGUGAGGAACGUAUGGAUUUUUCCACCUCCGGUUCCUGCUCCCAAACCUGCAGCAGCAGAGAUGCUGAGACAAUGCAGAUCUACACGCAGCUUGUUUUCAGUGAAAGAAGGAAUUCCUACUCCAUCCUUGCCUGAAGAAAAUAAAGGAAAUUUCCUUUCCCGUCAGCCUCCAGCUCCUAGAUUCAGUACAGAUAAUCCAGAGUGGGGUCAUUCUCAACAGGCUCUUAAACCCAGGAGUUUAAGAGGAAAUUCUCUUUCCCGUCUGCCUCCCCCUCCUAGAUUCAGUACAGAUGAUCAAGAGUGGGACCAUUCUCAAAAGGCUCCUAAACCCAGGAGUUUAAGAGAUAGUAUUAGAAGACCUAAUCAGGCUUUGAAAGAAGGAAUUCCUACUCCAUCCUUGCCUGAAGAAAAUAAAGGAAAUUUCCUUUCCCGUCAGCCUCCAGCUCCUAGAUUCAGUACAGAUAAUCCAGAGUGGGGUCAUUCUCAACAGGCUCUUAAACCCAGGAGUUUAAGAGGAAAUUCUCUUUCCCGUCUGCCUCCCCCUCCUAGAUUCAGUACAGAUGAUCAAGAGUGGGACCAUUCUCAAAAGGCUCCUAAACCCAGGAGUUUAAGAGAUAGUAUUAGAAGACCUAAUCAGGCUUUGAAAGAAGGAAUUCCUACUUCAUCCUUGCCUGAAGAAAAUAAAGGAAAUUUUCUUUCCCGUCAGACUCCAGCUCCUAGAUUCAGUACAGUUGAUCAAGUGAAAGAAGGAAUUCCUACUUCAUCCUUGCCUAAAGAAAAUAAAGUGAAAGAAGGAAUUCCUACUUCAUCCUUGCCUGAAGAAAAUAAAGGAAAUUUGCUUUCCUGUCAGCCUCCCCCUCCUAGAGUCAGUACAGUUGAUCAAGUGAAAGAAGGAAUUCUUACUUCAUCCUUGCCUGAAGAAAAUAAAGGAAAUUUCCUUGCCCGUCAGCCUCCAGCUCCUAGAUUGAGUACAGUUGAUCAAGUGAAGGAAGGAAUUCCUACUUCAUCCUUGCCUGAAGAAAAUAAAGGAAAUUUGCUUUCCCGUCAGACUCCAGCUCCUAGAUUGAGUACAGUUGAUCAAGGAAAUUCCCUUUCCCGUCAGCCUCCAGCUUCUAGAUUCAGUACAGUUGAUCAAGAAUGGGACCAUUCUGAAAAGGCUCCUAAACCCAUGGGUUUUAGAGAUAGUAUUAGAAGACCUUAUCAGACUUUGAAAGAAGGAAUUCCUACUUCAUCCUUGCCUAAAGAAAAUAAAGUGAAAGAAGGAAUUCUUACUUCAUCCUUGCCUGAAGAAAAUAAAGGAAAUUUCCUUUCCCGUCAGACUCCAGCUUCUAGAUUCAGUACAGUUGAUCAAGUGAAAGAAGGAAUUCCUACUUCAUCCUUGCCUAAAGAAAAUAAAGGAAAUUUCCUUUCCCGUCAGCCUCCCCCUCCUAGAGUCAGUACAGUUGAUCAAGUGAAAGAAGAAAUUCCUACUUCAUCCUUGCCUGAAGAAAAUAAAGGAGCUGGCAAAUAUGAGAAACCUGAAACUCUCACUCUACAGCCUUCAGUCUCUCUCUGUCUCUCUCUCUAUCAAUCUAUCUAUUCUUAUAAAAAAAUAUAUAUAUAUCUUUUUUUUUUUUUUCUCAAGUGCAUACUGUGGAAUUAAACAGUUGGUUCAGCAAGUGUAGAUUGUGUUAUUCUGACCCAAAAACGUUUAACAAUGUAUUUUGCCAAGACAAAAUUAAAGGUUUGCUUAUAGCUUUUAACAAAUUAAAUAUGUUAAUUUGUUUAGUUUUAUUCAUUUGUCAUCAUCAGUUGAUCAAUUUUGAUUUUGUUUGAAUUGUGAUUGUUAUACUAAUGAUUAAUUUAUCUGUAAUCAUUAGUGUUGCAUAAUCCAAAUGUAUUGGUUCACAUGUUCUAAU